AUGAGCCUGUUUUUCAUCGACGUUGGGUCCAGUAUCACCCAUCGUGAUAGAGGAAACGGCAUGAACAACAUUGAUGCACGUUUCAUUGACGUGGCCACGGGUCUUUAUGUUGACAUUACUGCUUUAUCGGUGAGCAACGAGUCGGCACCAGCUAGAUACGAUUACAUUCUUGAUCUCGAUAAGGGCAAGAAAAAAAUUGCCCAAAACUCCAACCUUCCCAUUGUGCAUAAUACGUUGAAGGAGGUGUACAACUGCAGAAACCGCCAUUUUAGCUCUUUGCAUGAAUUGUCUCCGUUGGUGUUGCUGGAGGUGCAGAAUCAGCUCGGGUACGUUCCGCAAAAAUUUGGGUUUAUGCUCGAUCAGGAAUACCAGCUCAAGGGCUUUUUAGAAACCAAUUUCCAAGAUUACUUUUAUAUGAGAAAUCUUCGAAUCUGGAUCGCAAAUGCAUUUUUGAAGAAGUACACCAACGAUAAAACCCAGUGGGUCGAGAACUACUCAACCGGCUACGGAAAGCGAGCCGUGGAAGAAAGCGAAGCCAAAAAAUUCGAAAGCUUCAACAAAGAAGACCAUACAAAUCUUUUGUUGCAUCCGUGGAUCUUCCGGGAGUACAUGCUGACGAAGAACUUUACGCUAUUCCAUGAGAAACAGAUGAAGUACCUUUUGAGCAACCGAAUCGAGCUGUACGUCAACGGAGUCAACCAGUACGUCGCUUCGGGCAGGUCCAACUUCCCUCUUUGGGAAGAUCCGUUCAUGUUCCACCUCUACAUGGACAAGGUAGAGUACGCCGACGAGGUGAGCAAGUUGCUUGCCCUCGCGGAAGAGUAUGCCAAGGGAACCCGUUUUGACGAGAAGGAUGAUAUUAGAGAGGAGGAUCUUCCUGAUGACGAAGAAAGCUCGAAAGAAACUAAAGACGAUGCUCCUAAGGAUCAGUAA